AGACAGUCCAGUAACACACACACACAGAGACACACACACAGACACAGACAGAGAGACAGUCCAGUAACACACACAGACAGGCAGGCAGCCCCCCCGCAGCGAUGUCCCGUUGGAAGAGCCGGAGCGAGCGUGGCCGGAAGCCCCCGGAGGUGAUCCGGACAGUGACGGAGGGGCUUCAGUCCCUCUAUCAGAAGAAGCUCCUCCCGCUGGAGCAGCUCUACCGCUUCCACGAGUUCCACUCGGCCGCGCUGGAGGAGGCCGACUUCCACAACAAGCCCAUGGUGCUGGUGGUGGGGCAGUACUCCACCGGCAAGACCACCUUCAUCCGCUACCUGCUGGAGCAGGACUACCCGGGCAGCAGGGUGGGGCCGGAGCCCACCACUGACUCCUUCACCGCCAUCAUGCACGGGGAGGUGGAGGGGCUUAUCCCGGGGAAUGCGCUCAUCGUGGACCCCAACAAACCCUUCCGCAAACUCAACCCCUUCGGAAACACCUUCCUCAACCGGUUCCAGUGCGCUCAGCUGCCAAACCAGGUGCUGGAGAGCAUCAGUGUGAUCGACACGCCAGGAAUCCUGUCUGGAGCCAAGCAGAAAGUGAGCAGAGGCUAUGACUUCCCCUCUGUGCUGCGCUGGUUUGCUGAGCGGGUGGACCUCAUCGUGCUGCUGUUCGACGCUCACAAGCUGGAGAUCUCGGACGAGUUCUCAGAGGCGAUCGGGGCGCUGCGGGGGAACGAGGACAAGCUGCGUGUGGUUCUCAACAAGGCCGACAUGGUGGAGACCCAGCAGCUGAUGCGCGUGUACGGCGCCCUCAUGUGGUCGCUGGGGAAGGUGUUCGACACCCCCGAGGUGGUCCGGGUCUUCAUCGGGUCAUUCUGGUCCGAGCCCCUCCUGGUUCCGGACAACCGGAGGCUGUUUGAGCUGGAAGAGCAAGAUCUCUUCACGGACAUCCAGAACCUGCCGAGGAACGCAGCCCUGCGCAAACUCAACGACCUGGUCAAGAGAGCCAGGCUGGUCAGGGUGAGAGAGCUUACAUUAUCAGCUAUGAAGCAGGAGAUGCCGUCAGUCUUCAGGAAGGACAAUAAGAAGAAGGAUCUCAUCAACAAGCUGCCUGUGAUCUUUGCAAAGAUCCAGCUGGAGCACCACAUCUCCCCCGGAGACUUCCCAGACUGCGCCAAGAUGCAGGAGCAGCUAGCCGUGCAUGACUUCUCCAAGUUCCACUCUCUGAAGCCGGCCCUGCUGGCCUCUCUGGAUGAGCUGCUCUCCUCCGACAUCGCCAAGCUGAUGCCCCUGCUGAGGCAGGAGGAGCUGGAGAGCGGCGGUCCGGAGAACGGGGUGCAGGGGGGUGCCUUCGAGGGCACCCGCCAAGGCCCCUUCGUGGAGGGGAGCUGGGGGGAGGAGCCGGAGGGGUGGGAGGAAGGGGAAUGGGUGGUCACCAAAGACAAGCCCAAGUAUGAUGAGAUCUUCUACACACUGUCCCCUAGCGAGGGCAAGCUGAGCGGGACCAAGGCCCGCGGCUGGAUGGUGACGACCCGGCUCCCCAACUCCGUGCUGGGCCGGAUCUGGAAGCUGUCCGACGUGGACCGGGACGGCAUGCUGGACCACGAAGAGUUCGCUCUCGCCAGCCACCUGAUCGAGGUGAAGCUGGAGGGGCACGGGCUCCCCCCAGAGCUGCCCCGACAUCUGGUACCCCCCUCCAAACGCAGGCAGGGCUCUGAUGGGUAGAAGAGAGGAGCAGGAGGAGAGAGGAAGGUGACGGAGAGGGAGGGGGAAAGAGGAGAGGAGGGAGGAGAGGAGUGGAGCGAG